GUUUCCCCAACGCUCUGAUAAAGUGAGCGCGGAUGCUGAAUUGAUCCUUCGAAGGAAUUUGGUGGUUACGGCUCCCUCCAAGCAAUGGAGCAGUCAUCAUCAAGUUCCAAAGUUACAGUUGAGUACUUCGAUCCGCAUGGCAUCUAUCAGCUGCUAUCGCCUGGUCUCCUGUCUCGAUUGCCUCUGCGAAACCUCCACUGGGAAUCCCAUUCCGGACCUCUUCGCUCAAUCUCUUCCCUACAUAUCGACUUCAUCCCUUCACCAGAGUUGUUAACCCCUCUGUCUACAACCGAAGCAUAUUCAACUACCACACCUAUCACGCCACUUGCGCGAGUAAAGAGCGAAGACUCUGUGACCACCGGCGAUGAUGGGCCUCGAACACAGGCAUUGGGACAGACCCCGGUGGAGGGGCCAGACUCUCGGCCUGGUCCGAAAUUCGUUGUGAAGGAGCGAAGGCACCAAAUACCUGGUCUUCGACAAACACCUUAUUUGAAGGUCUUACUUGUACGUUGCGAUGAUAACGAUACGUACAAGGCGCAGACGCGGCGGCAGGUCAGAGAAUGGAUUAAGGAGCACACACCGCCAUCUCAAAGCACCACCACAAAAACGAGCGCGCAAGAGAACCAUGAUGCUUUCGAGUGGCUCAUACUUCACGUGGUCGUCCCAAAUACGGCUGCGGCUACACAGCCUCGUACGAGUGGGAAAAGCACUGAUGGGAGCUCCGGCUCGGCCACCGAAAAGACACGUUGGAGGGGAGGUGGAUCAUCCACCAUUCUCGAUAAACUGCGCGCAGAUUUCAAUGGCUCAUCCAAAACUGCAAUCGAUCGAGUAGCACAGGUUAGGAUUGGUGUCAAUGAUGUGCCAUACGACAUGCUCCCACGUGUUGUUCCAGCGAUUCCUGGUUCAUAUAACGAGACACCACAAGAGAACGACAAUGCGUGGUCGGACCUUAUCUCAAAGUUUAAAUCACUGAUAUUAGCCUCAUUUGAUAUGCGCGUGAGCCAAUAUGAGGAAGAUAUUCGAGAGAAGGAUGCCCAAAGAAAUCUACCAGGUUGGAACUUCUGCACGUUUUUCAUGCUCAAAGAGGGCUUGGCGAGGGGAUUCGAGAAUGUAGGCCUUGUUGAAGACGCUCUUGUGGGAUAUGAUGAGCUUGCUGUUGGUCUUGAUGUGAUCAUAAGAGAACAAACCACAGCGGGUUCAGACGCCGAGCAUGGCGGCUCAUUCUUACCAUAUACGAACGAACUCAAAACUAUGGUCGAUCGAGCCAGGACCGCCCUGCUGAAGGACAUGGGGCAGGAGACUCAGAUUGCCGGAUCAGAUGAUGCUAUUGAUCUACAGUCGACUGGUGAAGCUUCCGAUAAUGAAGUCGACGAAAUCCCGCUGAACGCAACGAGGAAGCGCUAUCGGGACCUCAUCCUUUCGAACAAUAUUUCAAUCUUCGAUUUUCGAUGCUAUCUUUUUUCUCGUCAACUCUCUCUAUUGCUCCGUCUAGCAAAUGCAUGGUCAUCGCGGGAAGAAUUACUAGAAAGAUUGAAAGAGCAGAGAGAAUCAAGUCUCUUAGGGGUCGCUGCCCGACUACCGGCUUCAGAGCCUUCUGAUGAUGCAGAGAAUCUUGUGGUGCUCGCGGAAAUUUGCAGGAGAUCCAUGGAUUUUAUUGCAUCUAUAUCUCGUGUCAUGAGGGAUGAUAUCGCAGCCUCUUAUAUGACGUUCCAGCAAAAGAUUGACGACGAAAAGAAGAGGAAUUCUCAGAUACAAAUGGACGCCGUUACUACCCAGGUAGUCGACAACAUUGUCUCCUCCUUCACAUUCUCUAUUGCGCAACAGAUUCUUGCGCAGACAUCAACCAAAGCGCUUCCAAUACCUCCUUCCACAUUAGCUCCCCCAAGCGGUCAGAUUGGGCCUGAUGGCCAGGAGCCUAAAGCUGCCAUUCCGGAGCCCAAGACACUGAUGCAUCCUGCCAGGAGUAGCUCUCUUGCGGUCCGCUCACAAUCCGGAGAGCCUCAGAAUCCCGCUCUUUCCUCCGGUAGCCGAAGAGCCAGCGUGCCAGAGCGGGAUCGAAGUACUACCAUGGCCUCCCCCUUUCUCAAAGCUGGAUUAGAAGACCUCGCAGCUCAUAGAGCGGCACUGUACGUUCUAUCUCGAAGCGUACUUGAAAACUUCGGCAAGGAGCAUGGAUGGAGUGUUGGUUGGACAGAAGUGGCGCAUUUUCAGUACGGUAACUUCGACGACAUGGAGGAGGUUGAUCUCAAUGGAGAGACUUCCGAGGAAAACCCCACCGACAGCAGUCAAACCAAAGUACCUCCAUCCCUGCAUGGAAUUAACAGCAAGUUACUACGGGUGGCUUUAGACAACCAGGAUGAUUUCCUUAGACUUUAUGAAACCUUUACCGACAAGGCACUCCGCCACUAUACUGUGGCAAACCACGUUCAAUCAAUACAGGCAAGUAUGGCUGAUCUGGCCAUUCUUAAGUAUCACCUUGAGGAUUAUGCGGCUGCAGCAUCAUACUUCUAUCGCAUGGCGCCGUUCUAUGGCGAAGAGGGCUGGACGCAGAUUGAACUCUCAAUGCUGGUCAUGUAUGCAAAAUGUCUCAAACAGCUCCAACGCAAGGAAGAAUAUGUUAGAGUUGUCUUGAAGCUUCUGUCCAAAGCUGCGAUGGCUGAGAAGGAGAGGAUUAGGCGCAAAUUUGACCUGCAACCUGGCCCAAUCAGCAGUUUCAGUCACGAGGAGCUUGUUCCGAAUGAACCAUACCUGGAGGAACUCCUGCAAAUAACGAAGACGUUUCAGCAUGAAGUGCAGGUACCUUUACAGAACUUUUUCAGUCACGUCGAGGUCGAUGAUACCCCUAGAUAUCACUCUGAGAAGGAUAGCUUCGCAUUACAACUUCGUUUUCGAUACCUGCUUGCCGAGAACAUGAACAUCGAGAAGGCAAAAGUUAAGAUCAGUCCGGUAGAAGGAGAUGGCAGCCGCGAUAUCUGGCUGGAGAGCGAGGGUCCUACUCUCUUCAAAAAUGGAAGCGUUAGGCUCGUGGUACAAACCAAUAUGGUGAUACCCGGCACAUAUCUUGUGACCCAGGUGGCUCUCUACACCAGCAAUAUCGUUUUGAAAUAUGAGCAUGGAACCAGAGCCGAUUCAUUCUUCAAGUGCCCGAAACUCCUCAUCUAUCAACAGGCGAAAGCCUUCGAUCUGAAACUUUUCUCAUCGAGAUACAUGCAUUUGGAUCGCAAUCGCUCUCUAGAAAUUGAGCUAUCAUCUGGCUGGAAUGAUGUUAUCAGUGGCGAGCUUCAUCUUCGAGCAGCAACCGCUGGACUGAGACUUCAGACCAGUGAAGCCAGUAUGAUCAGUGGACAGCUCGAAAUCUCUAAAAAGUCCGAAGCGGGUGUUAUCCGCUUCGGUGCCUUUAGUUCUGACUCAACUGCGAAGCUUCGCAUGCCGUUUAAUCUUGAGCACGAGGUUAACGAUAUCUCUAUUAAAUUGGAGAUAACUUACACCACCGAAAAGGGCGAAUUUUUCUUUGCUACAAUUCCAACUGUGUAUAUUAUGCUACCUCUGGGUGUCAACGUCCAGGACGUCUUCAAACAUAAGGCGCUCUUUUCUCGGUUCACCAUUUCAUCUGCGACAACUAGUCCACUGCGACUUUUGAGCUCCAAGUUAGAGGGCUCCGACGUAUUUCAAGCCCAGUGUGGUGCUUCACUUACAAGAUCAUUGGUUGUUUUCCCUCGCCAGCCUGCAUCUAUUCUGUAUAAGAUCACUAAAUCGCCGUCCAAGACGUCGAAACCUGCUUCUGCGUCCGGGAAGCGUUCGAAGGCAUCAUUAUCUCUUACCUUGCACUAUAGUACCCUCGAAGAGGAGAUCGACGACACAGUCACCGCUGGUCUUCAUCGAUUCUUCGAAGAUAACGAGUUGCAUCCAUACAUUCGUCUUAUUGUACCCACAGUUCUCUCGGCGUUACAUCAACGAAUGUCACCAUAUGAUAUUGAGCGGACUGCCAUUUUGAGCGAAGUCUCGACAUCAAUUCUUUCGACCGUCAGGUGGCGAAAUCAUUUUUCUGGUCUUGGUCGUACCUUACAGGGCAAUGAAGAUAUUGCAAAUCUUCUUGCCGAAGGGGUUGAGGCAUGGCUGCGGAACAAUCCGAACAUCCCUUUGUUACCAGUCCCGAUUGACGAAACCACUCUUUCUACGAAUCGAUCAAUCAUUAUCCCGGUUGAGGUACCAUCAAUGACAGUUGUCCAUACGGCCGACUUGAAACUACUUGGAGUGUCCUCUGUUCCAGCAACUACUCCUGUAGUAGCAUCUACCCAGCCAAUCUCGGCGUCAUUGAGCAUAAAGUGGACAAGGACUUGGGACAACGAGGCUCCUUUAGAACUCGAUGCCUCGGAGCAAUCUGAAGAUAUAGAGUUUGUCUACGAAGUCUCAGGCUUAUCCGAUACUUGGCUCAUCGGAGGCAAACGGAAGGGUCAUUUUACUGUCCCCAAAGCAAGCCAAGCCCAAUCUCAAAAGCAGGCACUGUCGUUUCCUGUUGUAUUGAUACCCCUACGCGAAGGCUUUCUACCGUACCCAAAUGUGGAGAUCAAACCAGCCUCAUUUCCGAAGACUAAUCGGCCUGGAGGCGCCACUGCUGAGGUCGGCGGGAGCCAAACGAAGCAUACAGUUGUGACAUCUGAGACAGAUUAUAAGAAUGCUGGUGAGACCAUAAGGGUCAUUAGCGACACAAGAAAAACAACUGUCAGCUUGGAUACCAGCGGGCCACAAGGAGGGGCCAUGCUAUUGGAGGCUGAGAGGCGAACUGAUAGAAAUGGAGAAGUCAUGCUUGGUUAGUCAGAUCAAGGUAGAGAUUCAAGAGAACCAGUCUAUGGCCAGGAAAAGGAGAUAGCGCGGCGCAUAUCAAAUCCCCAUCCGGUGGUAUAGUUCCCGCAAUAGAGAUAAGCAUCCGGGGUUUGGAGAUCCACCUGACGCAGUGUCAGUGAUGAUAAUGACUUUGUAGCCUCGCGGCUCUUGCAAGGUUCAAUAUUGGGCUAAAGUAAUGAGAAGGUUACGCCUUGUUUGUGAGUCUCAGAACACUCGUUCGCGGGUCAAGCUCAUUUGACUCGGUUCUACAAUCUAAAAAUUCUUACC